AUGUUUCACUAUCUUCUGGUGGAAGAUGUUCUGAUAGUGCCCAUUUUUGGCACGAAGCUUCUGGUGAUUCCUGGUUUGGUGCCUCUUGGGAUUGAAAUUCUGCUGGUUCAUCCGAUGCAGUUUCCUCAGAGUCACUUUAACGUGCAAGCUAACAGGAUUCAUCAGAUUCAUCAGAAAAAGAUCUCCUCCUUCGAUUCCAAACGAGACCAGCUGAUUCCAUCUGGAGAUUCCUCCUAUCAUCGCCAGGUGGUCCACCUUAUCCACGGAUUUGAACUCUUUUGCAUAAUGGAGGAGCAAUUUGAUUACUCAUCAGGUAGUGGAUCAAACACAAUAAUACAACAGAACGUGCCUGCUGUGGUACACGGAAUACACGUGAUACAGAAUGAUUUUGAACCUCUUCUAAAUCCUGGGAGUGGAUAUGAACCAGUUGACCUCCCUUUCAAUACUAAUGGAACUGCUUCAAAUGUUUCCAAAAUACCAGAACUGUUUUCUUCUCCUUAUGACCAACUGUUUGAUAAUGUAACACAAAACCUUCUCAAUGGCUUCAUUGCCCUUAUUUGCAUUUUGGGCCUGCUGGGAAACGGAAGGACAAUUCACCUCCUGGCCUUUUCCAUUAAGAGGAAUCCUUUCACCACCUUCAUCCUGAAUCUCUCCAUCGCUGAUUUUGGGGUCCUCACAUCCCUCAUUACUGCAGCUAUAUUUGUGUCAGUGUCUACUCUGAGUCACAGAACAUACACUCUCGAUGUCUUUUUCUUCUUACUUUUUGAGUUCUUUUUCUUCACCUAUUCUGCCAGCCAGUUUCUGCUGACGGCCAUCAGCCUGGACAGGUGCGUUGCUGUCCUCUUCCCUCUCUGGCAUCGCUGCCAUCGUCCUCCAUAUUUGCCUACUCUUGUUUGUGUCCUCAUCUGGAUCCUCUCCUUCCUGCUCUCUGCGGUGCACUUCAUUCUCCAUCAGACCAGGACUAUUGGAAAGUCACCUUUGGUUCACCAGCUGAUUGUCAAUGGUUUACUUUGCACACCUCUCAUGGUUGCGUCUACGGUGACUCUCUCAUUUUACAUAAGGUCUAAAAUGCAACGCAAUCAAAGGAAGCUUCUCACCACCAUCUUUCUGGCUCUCCUUUGCUUCCUCCUGCUUUCUCUCCCAAUGAAUGUCUUUUAUGCCAUGGAAUAUUUUGAUAGACAUAAUCUCCUCCUCAUGACCAUUGGGAUAGAAUGUGCCAUUCUCAACAGCAGCAUCAACCCACUCCUUUAUUUCUUAGUGGGGAGGAAGAAGAGGGGAAAGGGUCAGCCCAGAGCAUCUUACAAGGUUGCUCUGCAAAGAGUCUUCAAGGAUGAGCAGGGAAGCCUGGAAGAGCAGGCAAACAUGAAGGAAAGCCAGUUGUGA